GCCAAGGGCAGGGCUGGCAGCCCUCCUCCUCCUCCUCCUGUGAUCCCAGCUGGAAUUUAAGCACCUUGGGGGGAUUUUCAGCACCUUGGCCAUGCCCUGGUGAUGGGGAGGGCCGGGGGGGCCGUGCCAGACCCUCCCCAGUGACACCACAAAGCCUCUUAGUGGCCUCUCCGUGGGGGCAGCGUGUGGCACUGAGCACGUGGGGAGCUGCAGCCUCCUGUCAAGGACACUGUCCCUGUCCCUGCUGUCACAUCCUGCUGGGCUGCUCUGCAAGGUGCCUGUUCUGCCUCCAUCUUCAAUCGCCAGAAACUUGUCCCAAACCCCCUCCUCAAUCCUGGGGCUCUCACAGCCAUUGACACCCACCCAGACCCCCCCAUGUCACCCCAGGACAAGGUCCCCAAGAAGCCACCCAGCCCUGAGUGUCACUCACUAAUGAACCCCAAUUAACAGCCAGGCUCUGCUCUCUGCCAGGGAAGUAGGUGCUUCUCCAUGGAAAACACUCCUGGAUUUCUUUAAUCCUAUUUGUUGGAGCCCAACUAAUUGCAAUUAGUGGCGGGGGCUGAAGUUCAAUUAAAGUGUGCCGAGAUUAGUCUGUUUUUAAUUGCUUUAGUGCUGGAUUAGGGAAGCUUUGGAGCAACACCAGCCAUGAGCAGGGGCUGCUGGACCCACCAGGCUGGGCUGGAGGCUGGAAUGGGGGUCCCAUCACUCCCUGUGGGAUCAGGGGACACUGGUGGGUCUCUGGGAAUGGGAUAUCCCCCCACGUGGGAUCCACUGCCCACGGGCACGGGCAGAGCUAAUCCUCACCCCUCCUCCCCCCAGAGCAGGGGAAGGACACCCCAGGAUUACCCCUGGGGAAAGCAGGGAGGUAAAUAAUCCUAUUACCCCCGGGCAGGAUAAAUCUCCCUCCCCGAAAAGCCCCCCAGAGCAUCUCCAGGCCGGAGGGAGCCGGGCUGGGCGGAGGGAGCAGCUCUGGAGCCGGGACCGCGGCACUCUCGGGUGCGAGGAGCCGUCCUGUGCUGAGCUGUGGGGAGCACCGUGAGCUCUGGGGGGCACUGGGAGCCCCCAGGGAGCACCGUGAGAGCCGGGGAGCACCAUCAGCUCCAGGGAGCACCGUGGGCUGUGGAGAACAUUGUGAGCUCCAGGGAACAUCGUGACUUCCAGGGAACACCGUGAGCUCCAGGGAGCACCAUCAGCCCUGGGGAACACUGUGAGUUCCAGGGAGCACCGUCGGCCCCGGGGAGCACCGUGAGGAAUACUGGAACGCCGUGAGCCCAGGGGAACUCUGCAAGGCCCAGAGAACACCGUGGGUUCCAGGGAACACCCGUGAGCUCAGGGGAACGCUGUGAGCCCCGGGGCUACCAGCCAUGAGCCUGGAGCCCCCCAAGCUGGAGGUCAAAUCAGCCACCAGGGUGAGCGGGGGUCCCGCCACCCCCCGCAAGGGACCCCCCAAGUUCAAGCAGAGGCAGACGAGGCAGUUCAAGAGCAAACCCCCCAAAAAGGGGGUGCAGGGGUUUGGUGACGACAUCCCCGGCAUGGAGGGGUUGGGAACAGACAUCACUGUCAUCUGUCCCUGGGAAGCCUUCAGCCACCUGGAGCUGCACGAGCUGGCUCAGUACGGAAUCAUUUAGGAUUUGGGCAGGCUCA